AUGAAUCAAAUUUAAUAAACAAAUUAUUCUAAUUUAGCUCCACUCAGGCUUGCCCUAAUCCUAAUUCAACCUAUCGCCUACUCUCUCACACUCAAUUCGAUUCAAACCCCUCUUCAUCGUCGCCACGCAAAUCCCUAAUUGAGACCCCAAACUCGGAAUUCUAGAGCGAGAGAGAGAGGAAAAGGGCACAGGUGUCGAAAUGCUAGGUGGGUUGUACGGAGACCUCCCUCCACCCUCUUCGGCGGAGGAAGAGAAGCCGAGCAACGCCACCGUAUGGUCGAGCAGCGCCAAGAUGGCGCCGCCGACCCUCCGCAAGUCGUUGUCGGUCUUCGCACCGCCGCAGACCAUUCUCAAAUCCCAAACCAAGCCCAAGAUCACCGCCUCGGCGCCGGCACAGCCGAAGAUCGCCAUUUCCUCGAUAGUGCCGGCGCAUUCCGUAGUGCCGGACGACACAGCUCAAACGGCAUUGGUGGGCGUGACUUCGACGGUGAUGGAGGAGUACGAUCCGGCGAGGCCGAACGACUACGAGGAGUACCGGAGGGAGAAGAAGAGGAAGGCCAUGGAGGCGGAGAUGAGGAGGGAGCUUGAAAAGAGGCGGCAGCAGGAGGAGGAGGAGGAGAGGGAGAGGAGGGAGAAGAGGGAGAGGGAGGAGAGGGAGAGAGAGAGGGAUUACGGAGAUUCGCGGUUGAACAUCUCGGGUGAAGAGGCGUGGAGAAGGCGGGCGGCUAUGAGCGGGGCAGUGCCGAGGUCGCCUUCGCCGCCGAGCAGUGGAGACGGGUUUAGCAUCGGGAAGUCAGAGACGGUCGGGUUGGGCGUAGGCGCGGGCGGGCAGAUGACCGCCGCACAGAGGAUGAUGGCGAAGAUGGGAUGGAAGGAGGGGCAAGGGCUUGGCAAGCAGGAGCAGGGGAUUACUACUCCUUUGAUGGCCAAGAAAACGGACCGGCGAGCCGGAGUGAUUGUGAAUGCUAGUGAGCCGAAGCAGGAUAAGAAGGUGAAGAGUGUCAACUUCAAUGGGCCACCCACUCGGGUUUUGCUGCUUAGGAACAUGGUGGGGCCUGGUGAGGUUGAUGAUGAGCUAGAAGAUGAGGUGGCUUCAGAGUGUGCCAAGUAUGGAACAGUAACUCGGGUUCUUAUCUUUGAGAUAACAGAGCAAAAUUUUCCAACCAAUGAGGCAGUCAGAAUAUUUGUUCAGUUUGAGAGACCAGAAGAAACAACCAAAGCACUUGUUGACCUGGAUGGUCGCUACUUUGGAGGUAGGGUGGUUCGUGCCUCAUUCCAUGAUGAGGAGAGGUUCAGCAAGAAUGAGCUGGCUCCAAUGCCAGGGGAAAUCCCCGGUUAUACAUAAAUUGACUGUAAGUUUUUAGUGCAAGCUAAAUGAUCCUUGUCUAGGGUUUGUUGAAACAGAUGAGAUAGCAGACUAGGAUUUUGAUUUUCACUGGAAAUGUGAGAAGAGUUGUCCUGUGUUUGUUGUUGUAAGUAGCAUUCAAAUUGAGGAGCACAAACGAGGGGGGCAUGUUUGUCAGCACUCGUGAUCAUCAAAUCUUAACAAUUAGCCUGCUCAUCAUUUAUCUUGAUUCGAUUUUGUGCCUUGGAAAAGUAA